AUGUAUCCCACUCGCAUGCUGCGGAUGCAGCCCACUCGGGCCUUCUACUUCCCUACUCCUCGUCUGCGCCAGCUCAAGCGUGUGCCCCCCCGAGCUGCUCCCUAUCGUGUUGCCAUCGGUGCUGCUGUCUACUCUUCUUGCAAGAAGCUGAUGACGGACAAGACCCUGCGUCUCUACCGCAACAGCCCCGAGAGCCGUGAGCACUAA